UCCAUAUAAGAAACAAAUAUAUUUUCAUACCUAUGUUAAGCAAUUUCUAGCAUUUUGCCAAGAAGUGAGAUAAGAUUUCCAUCAAACAGCUUUCUGAAUGCACAUGAUCGUUCAAGUAACAAUUUUUUUGUGAGCUAGGAAAAAAAAGAAAAACAGGGGAUGCUGAAUUGGAAUCAUGGAAUUCUCUGAACAAUUCAAAGAUUCAUUUAGACAAGGUCUUAUUGCUGGCUAUAUUUUCACAGCAACUUUUGCCAUUGUUUUUUAUAUGUUCUAUUGUCUACCCACACAAAUUAUCAAGUUAAGGAAAAAUAAGAACCUUAGACAUAAGAAAACAAGAGAGGUGAGCAAAUUCCCUAAGAAGGACUUGAAACAAGAAAAGAUCAAAGAGAUAAAUACUCGCAAUUCUUCAUGGCUAAUGUAUGUCUCACUCUCACCCAUUAUUUACAAUCUAUUGGGGAAUAUAUCGAUGAACAGAAACUAAAGAAAGUAAGACAAAAAGAAAAAAUGUUGCCUGUGGAGUUGCUAGAGAAAAGAAUACAGAUCAAUAAAGUUGGACGGUUGACUUAUAGAAUAAACUUCACAAAACUUUGUCAUGCAACAAACUACUUUAGUAAGGACAAUGUCAUUGGCGUAGGAGUGUUUGGGAUAAUGUACAAAGCAACAUUUCCCAAGAAUUGUUUCUUGGCAGUUAAGAAACUACAUGAUUCUCAAUUUUGUAUCAAAAGGUUUGAGCUAGAAAUAAUGAUUUUGGGACAAUAUAGUCACCAAAACAUACUUCCCUUGAUUGGAUUUUGCAUAGAAGAAGAAAAAAAUGAAAGAAUUUUGGUGUAUGAAUACAUGUCAAAUGGAAGACUUUCUGAUUGGUUGAAUGAUGAUACUACAAAAUUAGGAUGGACAAGGGUUAUUAAAAUUGCACUUGGUGUAGCAAGAGGUUUAUGUUGUCUUCAUCAUAGUUUGCAUAUGGUUCAUCUUAGUAUAAGCUUAGAGUGUAUCUUGUUAGGGGAUGAUUUCGAGCCGAAAAUAUCCAAUUUUGGAGGGGCCAUGUUUAUGAAUAAUGAUUUGAACAAAAGCAUAAGAUUUGAGAAGAAGGAUGUUUAUGACUUUGGUUGUUUUCUUUUUGAGUUGAUUAAGGGGAAUAAAUUUGGCCAAAGACAUGAUUGUUUAGGCAAUAAUAAUGUUCCGUUCGCGACGUACACAUAUCCAAAUCAUAUGAACCUAUUGGAGGACCAUUUUGGGUUCUAUGAUGCAAUGGAUGAAACACUAAACAAGAUAGAAUUUGAAGAUGAGGUAUCUGCUCUUCUUAGAGUUGCAUGUGAUUGUGUUCAUCCUAUCCAUGAAAAAAGGCCUACUAUGCUUGAGGUGUACAAUAAGAUGGGAAGCAUAUGGGAGAAAGAUGAGAUUUUUGAAGAUCAUGACCAAUUUGGAUUAAUGCAUAACUCUUAAGUAAUUGACACUAUUUGUGCAAACCUUCAAUUAAAUUCAAAUGUCCACAUUCAUGGUAUCAUGGAAAUGCUUGCUAAGCUUUGGGGAGAUGAGGAUGAGGAAGAAAAUGUCUCUCUUUGCAUAGAAGAUGAAUAAAUAUGUUAAUUAUAAAGUUGAUAAUUUUACUAUAGUUUUGUCUAAGUCUCAAAAGUAAAACUUGAGAAAUAAUUUGGGAUCACUUUAUUUUACAAGAAAUUGUUCAACUAAUAUCACAAACUUGAUGUAACUCAAUUGCAAAUCACAGAUUUUUUGGUGUUCAAUAGUGACAACAAGUUUAGAGGUAAGACCUCAUAUUUUAAUCUUAAGGCUCCCAAAAUUUUGAUGCAUGAUGUCAUCGCACAUCCGACAUAUGCUUUAGGGUCGGGCAAUUAUUAAUUGUUAAAAUGUUAGCAACGGCUCCCAAAAAAAAAAAAUCAACGGGAUUUGUUUU